GGGGGCGGAGCCGCUGUGACGUGUCGGGGAAGCGGCUGAUGGGAAGUGUGUGAGUUCUGCACAGCAUGGCUGCCAAGGUAGCGUUGACCAAGAGAGCUGAUCCAGCUGAGCUUAAAGCUAUAUUUGUCAAGUAUGCCAGCGUGGAAAAGGAUGGAGAGCGAUUCAUGUCCCCGUUUGACUUUGUCAGACGUUACCUGAACUUCACAGGAGAUGGAGAGCCAAACCCCAAAACCAUCCAGCUCCUGGCAGGUGUGGUGGACCAGACCAAAGACGGGUUUAUCUCCUUCCCAGAGUUUGUGGCGUUCGAGUCUGUCCUCUGCGCCCCGGAUGCUUUAUUCAUGGUCGCCUUUCAACUCUUUGACAAAACAGGGAAAGGAGAAGUAACUUUUGAGAAUGUAAAGCAAGUCUUCGGCCAGACCACCAUUCACCAGCAUAUACCAUUCAACUGGGAUUGUGAAUUCAUCCAGCUGCACUUUGGCAAGGACCGCAAGAGGCUUUUGCCCUAUGCCGAGUUUACUCAGUUUUUGCUGGAAAUACAACUGGAGCAUGCACGACAAGCCUUUGUCCAACGUGACACAGACCACACUGGGACGAUCAAUGCCAUGGACUUUAGGGACAUCAUGGUGACCAUCCGCCCACAUGUCUUGACACCAUUCGUGGAGCAGUGCUUAGUGGCUGCUGCUGGAGGUACCAUAUCUCAUCAGGUCAGCUUCUCCUACUUUAAUGGAUUUAAUUCCUUGCUUAACAACAUGGAGCUUAUUAGGAAGAUCUACAGUACCUUGGCCGGCAGUAAAAAAGACAUAGAGGUCACCAAAGAGGAGUUUGUGUUGGCUGCUCAGAAAUUUGGUCAAAUUACACCCAUGGAAGUCGACAUAUUGUUCCAAUUAGCCGAUUUACAUGAGUCGAGGGGGCGGAUGACGAUGGCAGAUAUCGAACGCAUCGCUCCUCUGGAGGAGGGGGCAUUGCCUUACAACCUGGCUGAAGCUCAGAGACAGCAUCAAGGCUCCGGAGAAGUGUCUCGUACUGUCCUUGUCCAAGUGGCCGAGUCGGCGUACAGAUUUGCUCUGGGUUCAAUCGCUGGAGCUGUUGGCGCCACCGCCGUCUACCCCAUUGACUUGGUCAAGACGAGAAUGCAGAACCAAAGAUCUACUGGAUCCUUUGUAGGGGAGCUCAUGUACAAGAACAGCUUCGACUGCUUUAAGAAAGUGCUGCGGUAUGAAGGCUUUUUUGGACUCUACAGAGGUCUUCUGCCUCAGCUGCUGGGAGUUGCACCAGAGAAAGCCAUAAAACUAACAGUAAACGACUUUAUGAGAGAUAAGUUUACAAAGAGAGAUGGUGGCAUUCCAUUAGCUGCGGAGAUCCUCGCCGGUGGAUGUGCUGGAGGUUCUCAAGUAAUUUUCACCAACCCCUUGGAGAUUGUGAAGAUCCGCUUGCAGGUGGCAGGAGAAAUUACCACAGGACCCCGUGUCAGCGCUCUGAGUGUUCUUAGAGAUUUGGGCUUCUUUGGACUUUACAAGGGGGCGAAGGCGUGCUUCCUCCGGGAUAUCCCCUUCUCCGCCAUCUACUUCCCCUGCUAUGCACAUAUGAAAAGCUCCUUCGCCGGAGAAGACGGCAGGGUUAGUCCCGGGUAUCUCCUGUUGGCGGGAGCCAUCGCCGGUAUGCCGGCCGCUUCUCUUGUGACCCCCGCCGACGUCAUUAAGACUCGACUACAGGUUGCCGCACGAGCAGGUCAGACCACUUAUUCCGGGGUCAUAGACUGCUUCAGAAAGAUUCUGCGAGAGGAAGGACAUCGGGCGUUAUGGAAAGGCGCUGGAGCCCGCGUCUUCAGGUCCUCUCCACAGUUCGGUGUGACUCUUGUGACCUAUGAGCUAUUGCAGAGAUGGUUGUACGUGGAUUUUGGCGGAGUGAAACCAGCCGGGUCCGGAGCCGUCCCCAAGUCCCGGAUCACACUUCCUGCGGCGAAUCCCGACCACGUCGGAGGAUACAAACUAGCAGUGGCGACUUUUGCGGGAAUUGAAAGCAAAUUUGGACUCUACCUUCCUAGAUUUCAGCCAUCAUCAGCAACCUCUAAAACCACCUAAAACCAUUAGCUGUUAAAGCCUGAGGACGCAGGCGAGAGGUUUAGAUACACAGCUGUCAUCUGUUACAAUGUAUCAGCGACUCUCGCCUUUUAUCCCACAGUCUGUUUCCUGAAAGAUCUUUUAGACUUAUUUUUUGUGCAAUUAUCUUUGUGGUUCCCUUCCUUACAGAAUGCAGCCUGUGGCAGGGAGGUGGCGGUGGGUCCCCUGUGACCCCUCAGCCUCUCACCAGCACCAGUUAGGGAGUCUCCGGGUUGCUUUGGAUUGUGAACUUUAGUGGGUUCUGCACACCCCACAAAUGAACUAGACAAUUAAUUCAUGAAAUAGUUUCUGGGUUGCUCAGAAUUUUUGGUCUAUUUAAAAAUUAUUAAAAAAAUACUGACUAAAUCUAGCAUAGGGACCGAAUUAAAGGGAGUGUCCACCUUUGAGCUACAUUUUAUAUAUAUAUA